GUUCGUUGGUUUGCUGGUUUGCUGGCCCUCCGGUCGGUAUCGUUAGCUAAGCGCUUUUGAGCCCGGUAACUCAACUGAUUGGUCUUGCGCCUUCCGGUCAAGAGCGCCAGGACAAAAACUUGCCCCCCCAUCUACGUACGCGAGAACAAUCAUGCCCCAUCCCGUCCGCGAAGUGCGUUCGGUCGCAUAACAAUGUGCGCUCCAGUUCUAUAGGUCUUUGAGCGUGGAGGUUUUGCGGGCGCCAGGAUCAGAUUGGGGCUUUUUGCGUGAGGAGACCAGUGAGCGACUGAUGAGAGAGGAUGCAAAAAUGUAGAUGCGGACGUCGUCAGAGACGAGGUCGAAGCCCUCGUUACUCCUCACAUUCGCUUUCGUAUAUAAAGAGUGCAGCGAGCCGAUGCCUCCACUUUCUCCCGCACAUCACCCGCCCUUCACCCCCCGCAACCACACAGCAACCAUGCAUCUCACCCUCGCCACCCUCGCGACCCUCUCCACGCUGGUCAUCGGCGCGCACGCCCACGGCCUCGUCACCGAAGCCACCAUCAACGGCAUCACCUACCCCGCAUGGGACCCCUACCGCGACCCGUACACCCAACCCAACCCGCAACGCAUCUUCCGCAAAACCCCCGGCAACGGCCCCGUCGACAUGCUCUCGGCCGACAUUCAAUGCAACGGCAACGCCGGGUCAGGUUCCGACCCGGCCCCGCUCGUCGCACCCGCCACAGCCGGUAGCUCCAUCUCACUCAAAUGGACCGCCUGGCCGUCCUCCCACAAGGGCCCGGUCCUCACCUACAUGGCGCGCUGCCCCGCCACCGGAUGCGCGGGCUACAAACCCGGCGACGCCGCCGUGUGGUUCAAAGUGCACGAGGAGGGAAAAUCCGCCUCGGGCACAUGGGCGUCCGAGCCCCUCGAAUCCGGGGCCACGCCGUACACAUUCACGAUCCCGAAGCAAUUGCAGGACGGCGAGUACAUCGUCCGCCACGAGAUCGCCGCCCUCCACUCGGCGUUCAGCUUCCCCGGGAUCCAGUUCUACCCCAACUGCUUCCAGAUCAAGUUGUCCGGCGGAGGAUCGGCGACCGGGCCGAGUGAGAAGGUCGCCUUCCCCGGGGCAUACACGCCCACAACCCCGGGUGUCGUGUUCGAUAUCUACCAGAACAAAGGCGCAUACCCCAUCCCGGGCCCGGCUGUCUGGCCGGCGGGUGCGGCCGGCGACGCUCCUGUUCCCCCUCCCGUUCCGGCCCCGACCACCGUGGUCGCAUCUACCCGGUCGAAGGGCACCACCGUCCCCGUGUCGACCCCGACCGUAGUGCCGACCCCCACGGAAUCGACCGAGCUCCCGUACUGCGACGAAACAACCGUCGCGGCGCCAACACCCACCACCGACCUGCCGUACUGCGACGAGACCACCACCGUGCCCACCGAGACCGACCUCCCCUACUGCGACGAGACCACGACCCCCGUCGGGCCCACCACGACCCCCGUGGCUCCUCCCCCCGCAACGUCGACGGCGACGCCGCCGCCGGGACCAUGCGCGCCCCUCUACUACCAAUGCGGCGGCACGAACUGGAAGGGCCCGACCUGCUGCCAGCCCGGCUCACGGUGCAAGGUCCAGAACCCGUUCUACCACCAGUGUGUGAGCAUCCAGUACGGCAAGUGAAGAUGGGGCGGAGAGAGCGGAUGUCGAUGUGACCGGUGGGUAGGUGGGGAUCAUCCCCCCGGCGUUAUAUACACCGAAAAGACAGUACAUAGGACAAGUAGACUGCGAUAGAAUAUAGAUGUUGUAUAGAGAAUGGUGUUUGUAUAGAAGAUAUGUGAGUCUGUUCAAUGACACCAAAAGGAAGUGUUGAAGAACACAUGCGCUUUGUUUUUCGUUGUUCGUUGUUGAAUGAAGGUUAUACCGUGCGAUACUGGCAGUGACGGGGCAAGGAGACUGGGAGGGAGUGAAAAGGCUGGAAGUUGCGAGCAAGGAUGUACUGUAGUGUAG